CAUUUGAACACAUUUGCUUGGCCUCUCUCUUUGCUCCCUUGCUACAUCUUACAGCUUUGAAGUUCAGUGGACAUCAAAAAGGCCCCCCCCCUCCCCAGAUGUAGAGGGUGUUUUGGUCAUUACAACUGUGUGCAAGACUCUUGUGCUGUCCAGUAAGGUCACCCACCAUGCGUGAGUACAAGCUAGUCGUGCUUGGAUCAGGAGGUGUGGGAAAAUCUGCACUGACAGUCCAAUUUGUUCAAGGCAUUUUUGUGGAGAAGUAUGACCCCACUAUUGAAGACUCUUAUAGAAAGCAAGUUGAAGUCGACGGGCAGCAAUGCAUGCUGGAAAUCCUGGACACUGCUGGAACAGAACAGUUCACAGCUAUGAGGGACCUGUACAUGAAAAACGGGCAAGGCUUUGCUUUGGUGUACUCCAUCACAGCACAGUCAACGUUUAAUGACCUACAGGACCUGCGGGAACAAAUCCUGCGAGUAAAGGACACAGAGGAUGAAAAAUUUCAUCAGAGUGGAAGAAAUCGAGAAGAACAUGGGAACGUCUCUCCACAGGGCUUUAAUGUUCCGAUGAUCCUGGUGGGGAACAAGUGUGACCUGGAGGACGAGCGUGUGGUCGGCAAGGAGCAGGGUCAGAACCUGGCUCGUCAGUGGAACAACUGUGCCUUUUUAGAGACUUCAGCUAAAUCAAAGAUCAAUGUUAAUGAGAUUUUCUAUGAUCUGGUGCGGCAGAUCAACAGGAAAACGCCGAUGGAAAAGAGGAAGACAAAAAAGAAGUCAGGUUGCACACUGCUCUAAAAAUGCUCUCCCACGGUUGCUCCAGGCCAGAAACUUGUAAUGAUUAACUGCUUCCCAGUGGAUGGUGCCAGCAUUCCAAGUCCUCUCCAGAGCAUUUGAAAAAAAAAAAAAACGUCCGACAGAGAAAACCACACCACUUGCAAAACAGCAGAAGGCACAUACUUUAAAGAAAACGCCUUGCUUUUUACUGGCAAGGAAAAUCAACCUCUCCUGUAUUGUCAAGCCUGAUGACAAUAUAUAUAUUUUUUCUUCUUUUUUUCUCUGAGGUGUCUUUUCUUCUGGAAAUAAAGUAAAGGAGGAAACUUUGGAUUCAAAUCCAUUUAAGGGAACUAAUAAGAAUUCUAUAAUGAGUAACAGCAGUCUUUGGCAUAUUGUGACAGUAUAUUUGUAAAGGAAUCCAUUUAAAAAUGUUGGUCUUCUUGUACAUUUCUGCACUAACAAUGUCAAUGAAGAUGCAUCAUUGUCUGUAAGUUACUCGCUCCUCCUUACAAGGUUGUGUAUUGAUAACAUCUCUCCUAAGUGACUUUGUUUUAUAUUGAAAGCUGCAAGCCUUCCAUAUUUCCCCAUAAUAUAUUCUACUUCCAUUUUUGCAUAAUAAAAGUAAAGAAAUUAGUAUUUUAUAGACAGAUAGGGGGGUGAGGGUGUGCUCUGAUUUGUGUCUUGAGGGUGAAAAUAUAUUGUACUAAACCACCUCUAAUACUGCUUCUUGUUACCCUGUCACAGAUGAUUUUCCAGCUUUUAUGAAUGAUUAAAUUUUAGUACAUUUUCAUUA